CAGGAAACAGCUGCUAUGAGUAACUGGACCUAAUUGAUGACCCGGUCUGGUCCUGUCAAAACUAACCAGGACGACGAAACUAACGUUGCACCGUUUUCGACUGCUUCUCAAUAAUGGAGCGUAAAGUUGCUCGGGAAUUCAGGCACAAGGUGGAGCUGCUGAUCGAAAAUGAGGCAGAGAAGGAUUACCUGUACGAUGUUCUUCGCAUGUAUCACCAGUCGAUGGAUUUGCCUGUGCUGGUAGGAGACCUGAAGCUGGUUAUCAAUGAACCCAAGCGCCUCCUGAUUUUUGACGCCAUCAGACCUCUCAUCCCACUCAAACACCAGGUGGAAUAUGACCUGCUCACACCCAAGAGGUCACGGAAGCUGAAAGAGGUGCGCUUGGAUCGAACGCACCGUGAUGGAUUGGGUCUGAGCGUCCGAGGAGGGCUGGAGUUUGGCUGUGGCCUCUACAUAUCACAGAUUGUCAAAGAUGGACAGGCUUAUAAUGUUGGGCUGCAGGUUGGUGAUGAGAUUGUGCGCAUCAAUGGAUACUCCAUCUCCUCCUGCAUCCACGAGGAGGUCAUCAGUCUGAUCAAAACCAAGAAGAUUGUGUCUCUUAAAGUUCGACAUGUGGGCAUGAUCCCAGCAAAAAGCUCUUCAGAUGAACCCCUCAAGUGGCAGUUUGUGGAUCAGUUUGUGUCAGAGUCUGGGGAGAAGAAAAGCAGUGUGGCUGGCUUGGCAUCCAUGGGCGGGAAGGAAAUCAAAGAGAAGAAAGUUUUCCUCAGUCUUGUGGGCACAAAGGGUAUGGGCAUCAGCAUAUCCAGUGGUCCGACCCAGAAGCCUGGCAUCUACAUCAGCAACGUCAAGCCGGGCUCCCUCGCUGCAGAAGUUGGACUUGAGAUUGGAGACCAGAUUGUAGAAGUGAAUGGAGUGGAUUUCACCGCUGUGGAUCAUGAAGAGGCCGUCAGAGCCUUGAGAAGCAGCAGGAGUCUGACAAUCACAGUUCUGACUGGAGCUGGCAGCGAGCUGUUCAUGACAGAUGAGGAGCGUCAUGCAGUGGAGGCCCGCAGAGAGCUGGACCGGCAAGAGCUAAUGCACCAGAAGAAGGUGGCAAUGGAGACCAACAAAAUCCUUAAAGAGCAGCAGGAAAAGGAGAGGCAGAGAAAGAUGGAGAUCGCUCAGAAAACCGCAGAAGAAGAGGAGCGCUAUAAGAAAGAGAUGGAGAAGAUUGAAGCUUCAGAGGUGAAACACAGCAGAGAGUGGGAGGAGGACUGGGGAUCCAAAGAAAGGCCGAAGAGCCCAAAGAAUUCCCGUUCAGCCAAAAGCCCCACACGCAGUGACAUGAAAACCACUCCGCCGUCAAAGGCCAAGAGUUCUCCUGGUGAAGCAUUCAUAGAGGAAGAUGAGGAGGACGAACAGGAUACCUAUCGUUUGGCUGGUUUUAUCGAUAUGAGGGGAAACUGCCAUCGCUGCGUAAGGUACUGUCAGCUGUUUGCAGUGUUUGAGGGUUGCUCAAAAAGGGAAUUCCCUUUCCAACAGAAAGGUGAGAAGAAGAAGAAAAAGAAAAAAGUUUCCAACACUGACACGCUGCAGGAGCAGAGAAAAAACAAGAAGGAGAUGGAAUUUGAACUGAAGCUGGCCAAAGAGAAAGAGGAGAUGCAUGAACGAGAGAAACAACUCAAAAUCAACCGCCUGGUUCAGGAGGUUUCAGAGACUGAAAGGGAGGACCUGGAGGAGUCAGACAAAGUGCAACACUGGGUGGAGCGUCUGUGUCAGACGCGUUUGGAGCAGAUCUCCUGCGUGGAGAACGAAUCCCCAGAGCCGAAGGUGAAGCGCUUCCCCGGCGGCCUCCAUCUGGCCACCACUGAUCUGGAUGACAUCAACCUGGACCAGGUGGAUCAGAGCCUGAAGGGACCUCUGAAAAAGCUUUCUCCCACCCAGCCCAGCACCAGCCAACCUCCCCCUCCCUUACCCCGCCCCCCACCUUCCCCCAAGCUGAACCCAACCAUUCCCAACUAUUCCUCUUCUCCUCAAGUGUCCCCUCAGCGUCGGCAUCCCUCUCCCCCCGCUGCCAGGAAACCUCCCUCUUCCGGAUCCACUCUGACCACCAGAGGGCGUAGGCCUCCUCAGCAGCACCGCCGCUCCCACCCUCCUCGCCCGCCGUCCUCCCAUCAACCCCCCCCCACUCACUCCUCCAGGCCUCCAUCAUCCCCUCAGCCCUCACCACGUCCUCCUCCUCCUCCACCACCCCCCCCCCCCCCACCACCACCCCCGCCUCCCCCUCCACCCCCUCCCCCGCAGCACUCCGGCGAACAUGUAGGCGCUCCCGCCGGCCACCGCCAGCAGCACCAUCACCACUACCUCCAACAUCCCCCCAGCCCCCCAGAGCACAGGAGCGAGUGGGAGGCAGGCAGCCCCCCCAACCAGAGGCGUCAGACGGCCCCCGUCAUGUCCAAGCCCGUCAUGCUGCCCCAGUCACAGAUGCAUCGACCAGAUCCACACAGGUCUGCCCACCGUACUGAUGACCUGGGAUUUCAGAAAAACGUGGAAGACUUUGAUCCCUACUCCAUGUUUUCCUCAGACCAGAUUGCCGGCCGAGAUGUCAGACUGCUGAGAAUCAAGAAGACUGGCCAGCUUGACCUGGCUUUGGAGGGAGGAGCGGACUCUCCUUUGGGAAAGUUGGUGAUAUCCGCUGUGUAUGAAGGUGGUGCUGCUGAUAAACACGGUGGAAUCGUCCCUGGAGAUGAGCUCAUGGCUGUGAAUGGGAAGAUCCUGAUCGAUGCCGGUCUGACUGAGGGACAGAACUCUCUGGCCCGGGCCUGGAACAGUGGAGGGGAUUGGAUCGAUGUGGUGAUUGCUGUGUCUCCUCCUAAAGACUAUGAAGAUGAAGUGACGUUUUUCUAGUCUCAUCAACCACUUGCCAAGAAAACCAGUCUGAACAUGAAGAAGUUUCACGUUAAUCUACAUGCAAAGAAGCAGCUUUUGUGGCUCUUUGAGAUUGACCUAGUGGCCAUGUUGAUUCAUGCAAUCCAUGUUGAUUGUGUCUGUCUUGUUUUGUCAGUGGAUUGUCCCGUCAAUAUCACGCUCUGUCCUGUAGUCCUCAUCAGGUCCACCUCAUUUACACUGACGGUCCUUCUAAUCUUCUUGUAAAUGUCCAUCAGUAUAUGAAUAAAGGAUGGGUUCAAACAGGCAAACUAAUCGAUACUACACCUCUUAUCUGCCUUAACAAAGCCCAAUAAAAGACUCAUCUGGUUAUAGAUUAACUUCUGUUUUGGAUACUGAUUUUCUGCUACAUUAUUUUUUACAGGUGUGUGACGCUUAUUGGUUUUAAAAGCAAGUUUAUAUGUGGAUUUUAUUGACUUCUGUUACAUACAGUAAAAUUUAAAGAUUUCUGUCAA